GAGGGUGAAAGCUGGCGAAGGUGCCCGCGACGCGCUUUUACGCAGCCAGCUGGAACCUGGAAGCCUCCGCGCCUCUGGCCGAGAGACCGCGCCGCUCGCCUGCUCUGCCUUUGGAGGGCGAGAUCGCCCACGGCCCCGACAGCUUCUUUCCUCCGAGAACCAGCCGCCUCUUCCCUCUCCUCCUGCCCCAAAGACAUUCGUCCGAAUCCAUCAUGAACGGGACUUUAGAUUGCCUGCAGGACCACACGCUGAACGAAGAGCAAGGAGCGUUCAUGUUCACGUCGGAAUCGGUCGGAGAAGGACAUCCAGACAAAAUAUGUGAUCAGAUCAGUGAUGCUGUCCUUGAUGCUCACUUGAAGCAAGAUCCAGAUGCCAAAGUUGCUUGUGAGACAGUCUGUAAAACAGGAAUGGUCCUCCUUUGUGGCGAGAUCACCUCCAGAGCUGUUGUGGAUUAUCAGCAGAUUGUGCGAGACACAAUUAUGAACAUAGGCUACGAUGAUUCAGCUAAAGGCUUUGACUACAAAACCUGUAACGUUCUUGUGGCUUUGGAGCAACAGUCGCCUGAUAUCGCCCAGGGGGUUCAUCUACACAGGAAUGAAGAAGACGUUGGCGCUGGAGACCAGGGCCUGAUGUUUGGCUAUGCAACCGAUGAAACGGAAGAAUGCAUGCCUCUAACCAUUAUCCUUGCUCACAAGCUGAAUGCCAAAAUGGCUGAGCUGAGACGCAAUGGAGUCCUCCCUUGGCUUCGACCAGACUCCAAAACCCAGAUCACCGUUCAAUACGCCCAGGAAGAUGGAGCGGUCAUCCCCAUGCGGGUUCAUACCAUCGUCAUCUCUGUGCAGCAUGAUGAAGGCAUCUCCUUGGAUUCCAUGCGCAAGGCCUUGCAGGAACAUGUGAUCAAAGCCGUGGUGCCAGCCCACUACUUGGAUGACAAUACCGUUUACCACCUUCAACCCAGCGGCCGUUUUGUCAUUGGAGGGCCACAGGGUGAUGCAGGAGUUACUGGCCGGAAAAUCAUUGUGGAUACUUACGGUGGAUGGGGAGCCCAUGGAGGUGGAGCUUUCUCAGGCAAGGACUACACAAAAGUGGACCGAUCAGCAGCCUAUGCAGCCCGGUGGGUGGCCAAAUCUUUGGUGAAAGCAGGACUGUGUCGUCGGGUUCUGGUUCAGGUUGCCUACGCUAUUGGAGUGGCUGAGCCGCUGUCCAUCUCCUUGUUCACGUACGGUACCUCUGCCUACACUGAGCAAGAGCUGCUCAACAUUGUCCACCAAAAUUUUGAUCUUCGACCCGGAGCCAUUGUCAAGGAUCUUGAUUUAAGGAAGCCCAUUUAUCAGAAGACGGCUUGUUACGGUCAUUUUGGAAGAAGUGAAUUUUCUUGGGAAGUUCCGAAAAAGCUCGCCUUCUAACUUUCUUGGGACAAUCUCUCUCCAUUUCCAAGGAACAGUAUUUUACUACCCC